UUUUCCUGAUACAUUUCGUUUCUGGAAAUUUACCCACCCACUAAAUAAAGUAUUUCUGUGGUAAAGAAACCUAAUCUACAUUGGAACACGAUUGGAACAGUAUUCUUCACCCUUCGCCAGUUUCUUCACAUUGCAAAAAUUAUAUGUUUGGCCAUUCCCCGAGCGUUUUCUGCAGUUAAACGAAAUGCGCUUUACGAUCUGUGAAUUGUGUACUUAAAUUCGGCUGCUUCCUGCUCAGAUAACCAGCCUCAUGGCAACGAAAAAUGAUAUCAUUAACAACCUAAUGCCUGAAACAAGUUUCCAACAAUACUAAACAACACGAUCACUAGUGUUUUAUAAGCUGCACUUCCAUUUCUUUCGCAUUUUUGACCCACGGGCCUUGAAAACCGAAGACGAAAACCAUGUUGCAAAGACCGCCGGGCGCUUUGCGUCGUUUUCUUCAUUGGGGGCCGAUGACUGCAAUAGGCAUUAUCAAAUCUAUUACCAUUAUGACACUGUACAUGAAUAGCAUGUGGUGGCCAGCGAACCGGUCACUCGCAGGUUUCUUCAACCAGACUUUGUUUAUCGUGUUGUCGGCCUGCACGGGAUUUAAUUUUGUGAUGGCCUCAUUGAUUGGACCUGGUUUCCUGUCACUUGGAUGGCGACCACCGAACCCGGAAGACGAGCAACACUUACAGGAGUGCAACGUUUGUGACGGUUUCAAGGCGCCUAGGUCGCAUCACUGUCGAAAGUGCAAUCGAUGUGUCAUCAAAAUGGACCAUCACUGCCCAUGGAUCAAUAAUUGUGUCGGUUGGGCCAAUCAUGGAUACUUCACCGCAUUCCUAGCCUGUGCUGUCCUAGGCUGCCUGCAGGCUACUUUCAUUCUCAGUGCGUCGCUCUAUAUGGGGCUCUACAGGGACUGGUACCUCUACUAUGGUCAGUUUUCAAAGGCAACAGUACAGCUUGGUUUGUGGAGCCUCGCCUUGUGCGUUUUUAACAUAGGGCUAGCGAUCGGGGUUGUUAUCACGGUUGGUGCCUUGUUCGGGUAUCAGCUGCGUGCGAUUCUUAGUAAUCGAACUGCGAUCGAGGACUGGAUUUCGGAGAAGGCACGCUAUCGACGUGAUCGUACCAAUGAAGUGUUCCAGUACCCAUACGAUUUGGGUCGAUGGCGUAACCUGCAGCAGGUUUUCAACUUGUCAUGCAUUCCUGCUGGCACCGGUACCGAAUGGCCCGUAAUUGACGGAUGCGAUCAAUACACGCUUACACGGGAGCAGUUAGCCCAAAAGGAAGAAAAACGCGCUCGUACUAGAACGUACACUAUCAAUCGCACGGUAACAGGGAGCUGGGUUCCAUUGCUAUCGCAAGGAUUCAAGGUUUGCUGCUCACCGCCGCUAACCGACGAGCCGCGCAUCAAACUAGCAGUCGGUGACAUUGUUCGAGUCACUAGAUGGAGGAAGCACUGGUUGUUUGGCGAAAAAGUUUUAACACAUAAUGAGGUUGAUGUCUCGGAGAAAAACAAACGGCUACGCGGAUGGUUUCCUCGACAGUGUGCGAUCGAAUUGAUGGAAGAUGAGUAUGAAGUCGAGGAGAAAUCACAACCUUAUGAAAGGGUUAAAAAAAUCAACUAGAGUAGAGUGAUUAACAUUGCUCAAACCAAAUUCAAGUGGGCUCCGUUAUGAAUCAACAUACAAGACAGGCGUGAAUUUGAAAGAGAUCAAAGGGAGAGCAAAUGGGUAUACACCAAUCGACAAAGCCUCAACCUAGAACAUUUUCUUAUACGUCCAAAUAAAACCAUUUUAAGUACCCUCUGGACAAUCAGCACUGUCGAAAAAUCGUUUGUGAUAGUACAGUUUGUCCACAUCAACGACAGGAUAAUUCGUUCAGGUAAAAAUAAAAUAAAUAAGUGUCGUAGUAACGUCUCAGCAAAUCACAACGCGGUAACAAAUCACAUUUCAUUAAAUAACUUGUUUUUUUCAUUACUUGCUGAUAAUUUAAAAUAUGAUCACAGAAAAGAUGGGAUCCCUGUAAUACACUAAAGCUGGAUUACAUGUACAAUACAUAUCUAUUAUACUUUACGCAAAAUCGAACAUAAUUUUGUCAAGUUGUACGUUGUUUGACUAAAAGAAGCUUUAUGUCAAGCAGUAUUACUACCCAUUUUACCAAGUGUUUUUUUUUUCAAGAUCCAAUAUUGGUACAAC